ACUGCACUUGUUGCACGAGUUCUCCAAUGUUUGAACAAGUCUGCUAUGAAAAUAACAGAAAGAAAAAAAAAAAAAAAGAUAACAGUCAAUUAAAAAAAAAAAAAGACAGUCCGUAACGACUAAAACCGCUCUCAUCUCCGUUUGGGCUGGCAGAGUAAUCUGAUUCCCUCCUUUUCUUUCGCACCAACAAAAUCUAACACAAUCUCUGGAUUCUCGACUAAAAUUAUUUUGUUUAUUCUGUUUUCUGUUUUUCGCUGCUACCUUUUUAUUUUUUGCUUCAAUGGCGGAAAUUGAGGGAAAUUCUAAAGAAGUGGGAGAGAAGGAAGUUGAUGCUAAAGAGGUCAACCAUGAAAACGAGAACAAUAAUAAUAAUACUAUGGGGAUUAAGAAGCUGCGUCAUAAGAGCACGAAGAAGGAGAGAAGAUCAUUGAGUUUUGCGAGAUUUGGAUGCUUGAGAGUAGAAUCCGAUGAGACUGGAGGCGUUGAUAUGGAAGUCCGGUUCCCGGAGAAGCUCAAUCAUCCUUCUCAUCUCGUCAUCAUGGUUAAUGGCCUCAUUGGCAGUGCACAAGAUUGGAAAUUUGCAGCAAAGCACUUUUUGAAGAAGUAUCCGGAAGAUGUUAUUGUUCAUUGCAGUAAGCGCAAUUCUUCAAUAUUUACCUUUGAUGGUGUGGAUGUAAUGGGUGACAGAUUAGCAGAGGAGGUUAAAUAUGUCAUAAGCCGUCACCCAAGUGUUCAGAAGAUUUCUUUUGUUGGUCAUUCAUUGGGUGGCCUUAUAGCAAGAUAUGCCAUUGCACGACUUUUUGAACAAGAUCUUACUCAAGAAAAUUCUCAAACAAACGGAGAUAGUAGAGCUGAUCAAUUGGAAGAUUCAUGGCUUGAAGGGAACGUCAAAUGUAAAAUGGCUGGACUAGAGCCCGUGAAUUUCAUAACACUUGCAAGUCCACACCUUGGUUCUCGGUGGCAUAAGCAGGUUCCACUGUUUCGUGGCUCCCAUGUGCUGGAAAAAGCUGCUACUCGCACAUCAUGGUUUCUUGGUAGGACUGGAAAACAUUUGUUUUUGACAGAUGGAAAAGACGGAAAACCUCCUCUUCUUCUACAGAUGGCCAGUGAUUGUGAAGAUCUUAAAUUUAUAUCCGCUUUGCUGUCCUUCAAGCGUCGUGUUGUCUAUGCAAAUGCAAGUUUUGAUCAUAUUGUUGGGUGGAGUACCUCUUCCUUAAGGCGUCGAGAUGAGCUUCCAAAGUACCAGAUUAAACAUCUUCCAAGAGGUGACAAAUACCCACACGUUGUAAAUGUGGAGACAGGAAAGACUCCUACUCUUGAUGUAGUCCCUUAUGAAGCCCAGAUCAAAGGAACUGAGAAGAUAGACAUGGAAGAGGAAAUGAUCAGAGCUUUAACAAAAAUGAGCUGGGAACGUGUUGAUGUUUACUUCAAAGGAAGCAGACAAAGACUUCUUGCACAUCUUGCCAUUCAGGCCAGUUUACUCUUUACAAACGCAUUAUUUUUUGUGGAUGUACUUAAUGCUUGCAAUCCUUUUCACCCUCCAUUCUAUUUUAUCAUCAUAUUCUUCAGGUAAAAAACUAUUGGGUUAAUUCUGAUGGAGCUGAUGUAGUCCAACACAUGAUCGACAAUUUUGUGUUGUAAAAGGUGCCAACUUGUUUAUUACCACACGUAAAUCACCCGAUGGCUUUUGGAUGCAAUGGCAUUCGGGGUUCUGAAGGGAUAUUGCCUGGAGGGUGGAACUUGGAAGGUUAAUUUACUUUUACAGUUUUAAAAGGGGGGACCGGCCAUUAACAUUAACAUAGAACGGAAGAUGAAAUCCCAAAACUUGUGUUGUAAAGACGGAUUACCUGCUAUGAACCUGCGCCUAAUUCUGGAAAUAUUACUCAGUUCAGCUGUUGCAAAAUCUGCUUCGUUUCAGUCACAAAGAAGACGCGGUUGCAAAGAUCUAUGUUAUCCGAAUUCUUUACUUCUAUUGAAGUACUCGUCAACAACUGGUCGUGUCAUUUGAUUUCGAGAGCCGAUAAGAACAUAUUUUCUGGCAAAAAAUGUAGCUCAUAGAUUAAUUUCAAGAGCUUAAGUUAAAGGUGUGAAAUUAAAA